AUGGCAGAUAAAGAACAAGUAAUACAAGCUCUGAGAGCUACACUCAUUUCGGUGAAAGGGGCAUUGACUAUAAAACAAUGCAACCGUGACUAUAAAGAAUUACAAGGAGAAUGGAUCCCUUUUAAGAAACUAGGCUAUUCAACUCUUGAGAAGUUAUUUCAAGAUGUCCCUGGUUUUAAAAUUACACAAAUCAAUGGAGAAUGGGUUGUUGAUGCCAUAGCCAGUCAGGAAACACAACACAUUGCAUCAAUGGUGGCACGUCAGAAGACUAGCAAGAAGCAAACAUUGAAAUUUAACUACUCUAAUCGCUUUCCAAAGAAACAAGGAUCUUGGAGAAAACCUGCGCCACCAUCUAAUUAUCAAACUAAUUACAAUAACCAAUACUCUAAUCAGUAUUACAGAGUAAAAUCAACAAAUCCAUUUAACAAUAAUAACUUUAAUAAGUAUAACAAACACAACAAAUCGAACGACUCGACAAAGACUUCGACAUAUAGUGGGAAGACUAAUUCCAAAUUAAUCGAGUACCAAGAUAAAACUGGUAUAAAUACAACAAAAACUCAAAACACAACCCAACUGAUUAGAGAUGCUCUACCUGAUGAAAAUAAACAUUCCAUUAAAAACGAGAAAGAGACUGAAGGAAGGGGAGUAGGAAAAAUUUCGGCAUCUCAAAGAUUGUCAAACCUGCGUGAUAGACUGAAUACGGUUGAUUUAAUACCGCUGCAGCUUCCAGCACACAACGAUUGUAUGGACACCAGUCAACUCAUAACGCACGCGGCGCCGGCGCACAGCCUGGAGCCGCCGCCCGCCUCCACCUCGUGCGUAGAGAAGCUGGAGUGGACGUGUCGCAAGCUGGGCCUGCCGCAGCCCGUGUUCAAGGCGCACGACAUCCGCCCCAAGCGCGGGCCCGUCAGCUACGACUGCACCGUCAAGGUGGGCACGCUGUACUCGGCGUCGUCGUACCCGGACUCGUCGCCGACGGAGGCGCAGGCGCGCGAGGUGGCGGCCGCCAAGCUGCUGGCCGUGGUGGAGAGCUCGGAGGCGGGCGGGCUGCCCACGUCGCGCGCCGAGGCCGCCGUGCGCGGGCUCGCCGCCCUGGUGCGCGCGCACGAGGCCGGCCUCUGGGCCAGCACCGUGCCGCAUCUCUACAGACAAAAGUAUGGGGAAAAUUUACCUAACAAUUGGUUGGAACUGUUGGAAAAUUGCCCUCAUAUAUUAAAAGAUAAAGUUGUGAAUGGUCUUUUAGUACUCUUACCUAAUAACGAGGAGGUAAAAUCGCCAUUAAACGAGACCAUAACGUUUGACGAAACGAUAGACAGUGAUUUACCGCCGUUGCUAUUUCCCGAAGAUGACUUUUGGAAUGUCUUCAUAACUGUCGCCAACUCUACUCUCGAAGUUUGGCUUAGAAUUAUCGGCCCGCAGUAUAGUGAUGCAUUUGAAGUCCUUUUGGCCGAUAUGGCUGCAUAUUAUAGCCACGGCGGCACAUCAGUUGAUAGAUCUAUGAUCAUAAAAAGCGCAUGGUAUGCAGUAAAUUUGGACGACGGUGGGUGGCAACGAGCGAAGAUAUUAGAAAUAGAAGAAGACAAGGCGACCGUGUUCCUCGGAGACCACGGCGACGACGACACCGUGCCCUUCGCCAAGAUCAAGAUCCUCGAGCCGCAGUUCCGCAAGCUGCCCGCGCAGGCGAUCCUGUGCCGGCUGGAGGGGUGCGAGGAGCUGGCGGCGAGCGAGGAGGGCGCGGCGCUGGCGGCGCGGCGGCUGCCGGGCGAGGUGCUGGUGGCGGCGCCGGGCCCGCGCGCCGACCCCGCCGACCCCGCCGUCGCCGUCGUGCUCUACGACACCUCCACGCCGCGCGACCUCAACCUCAACAAGGAGCUCGUGCACGACUUCUGCAUCUCCGGCGCUUUCACCAUCACCCAGAAGCCGUGCGAGGUGAGGGUGGGGUGCGUGACGGAGGAGGGGCGCGUGUGGGUGUCGCGCGCGGGCGGCGCGGAGGCGGUGCGCGCGGCGCUGGCGCUGCUGACGGCGGGCGCGUACCGCCGGCCGCUGCCCGCCGCGCCGCCCGCGCCGCCCGCCGGCGCCGCGCUGUGCAUCGUGCGCACGCUGGCCGGCGACUGGGUGCGCUGCGCCGUCAUCAGCGGCCUGGACGGCGAGGGCACCGUGCGCACGCUGCUCGUGGACAGCGGCCUGGUGCUGCGCGCGCCGCUCUCCUCGCUCGUGCCGCUCAGCGCCUUCUCGCCCGCGCUCAACGCCUACCCGCACCAGACAUAUAGAGAGUUACGUGUUCCUAGUUUCGCCUCUAAUCGAGUUUAUUUAUUUACUCGUAAUGUACUCAGGCGAUGCAGGUGCGCCUCGGCGCGGCGGAGCGCGCGGCGAGCAGUAUGGUGUCGCGGCUGCGCGAGAUGCUGCUGGACGUGCGCGUGCUGUGUCGCGCGCAGCCCCCGGGGCCCGCGCCCCCGGGGGCCUGCGCCCCCCGGCGCCGACGGCGCGCCGCACGUGGAGCUAUUCGUGCGCCUCGGCCCGCAGCACAUACUCACCUCCGUCAACAACUCUAUACUCAUGGAGUACGAGUGCCUGCAACUCGGCAAGGGACAGGAGGAGGAGAAGGAGAAGGAGCCGUCGAAGCACCUGGAGGCGCUGCACAAGAAGAAGGAGCGCAUCUUCCGCUCGGCGCCGGCGGGCGGGGGCGGGGGCGGGGGCGGGGGCGGGGGCGCGGGGGGCGCGCUGCCGCCGCCCGCGCUGCCCGCGCGCGCCGCCUGCCUCGACGUCUACGUCGCCAUGGCCGCCAACCCCUGGAACUUUGUGGUGCAACCCAAUAGUACCAGGCACACUCUUCAAACAAUGAUGGCAUCAUUACAAGUGGAGUGUCCUAAAAUACCAGAGUCAGAAGCUCCCACGAACCCGAGCAAAGGCGAGCUUUAUGUCGCUUAUUACGAUAAAGACGAUUCCUGGUACAGGGUGACGGUGGCGGGCGCGGUGUCGGCGGAGAUGGUGUCGGUGUACUUCUGCGACUACGGCGACCUGGCGCUGACGGCGGCGCGCGCGCUGCGGCCCGUGCCCGCCGCCGCGCCGCUCGCGCGCCACCUGCCGCCGCAGGCCAUCAAGGCCAGGCUCUACGAUGUAAAGCCUCUUCACCAAGACUGGACCGUAGAAGACUGCAUCAGGUUCCAAGAGCUGUGCGUGGAGCAGCAGUUCGUGGGCGUCUGCAAGGAGGUGGGUAAGGACCCGCUCAACCCCAGCGAGCCGCUGCUCACGCUCGACCUCAUCGACACCUCCACGGACGAGGACAUCUACCUGAACAAGCAGCUCGUGGCUGAGGGCCGAGCGCGUCUCGCCUCCGCUUCCACCUCUACCACCUCUACCACA